AUGAAGAAGUUCCUGCUGACUGCUGCUCUUUCGACGCUCUACCUGGCUGCUGUUGUUGCGAGACCCGACCGCAACGCAGAGCUCUACCAAAGCCGCGAGGAUGCGGGCGUCGGGGCCUCCCAGGACCCUUCUGUCUACAGCGACGACUGCCGCAAGCGCCACGACUACUACAGGGCGAAGCACGGAGUGCCUGGACUGAAAGACGAUGACGAUCUUCGGCUCUUGGCGCAAGACUGGGCAGAUCAUCUCGCCGCACAACCAGAGGGAACACCUCUUGAACACCGUCCAGAUAACCAAUACGGCGAGAACAUCUUCUCUGCAUGGUCCUCCGACCCCAGCUACACGAUCGAUGCGAACGCUCCCGUUGAUUCCUGGUACAACGAGAUCAAGGACUACGACUACGCCAAUCCGGGCUUCUCGUCAAAAACGGGACACUUCACCCAGGUCGUCUGGAAGGGCACCACAAACUCGGGAUGCGCCGUAAGCAAAGCGGCUUCCCGGAGCGCAUACUUUGUCGUCUGCAACUACAACCCCCCGGGAAACGUUGAGGGGCAAUAUGAGCAGAACGUUCCCCCAGUCUUACCCGACUGA